ACACUACUAUAUAACAAAUAAUUUGAGUAUGGAAUCGAAAUGGUAAAUCUGUUCCAAGGCGAUGUCAUCUUUAUCGAUGGAACCAGCUACAAUUUCAAAACAAAAUCUCGGAUUAAAAACACGGUCAUCGAUGGCGGAGGACAAGUUUCAUUUUCUUUGAACAAAAAGGUCAGCUGUGUGCUAAGUUCGGACGUGCUAAAGUUUAAAGCCAGCUCUAGAGGGGGAACCUGCAAGAAGCUAGGUAUUCCUGUCGUGUCGGAACGUUAUGUUGAUGAGUCUUCUGCUUUAGGCAUCAAACAGAGUUACAGUCAAUAUGAGGAGUUUAGUGCACAAGAAAGGACGGAUUCUGGAAAAUUCCAGCUUGAUCUGGGCGAGGAACCGAGACAAGUCCUCAGUCAGGAGCGAAAGCAGGAACUCCUUUCAUCCGUUACGAAAUGUGCUGUUGCUACCCUGGACACAACUGGGAUGACUAGGCUAAAGCUAUGUUAUCUGAACAAAACUGAGCUCUGGCUCCGCAAUCCGUCGUCUUAUCGCGUCAUUAAGCGAGGCGCUAAGACAAAUUGUAAAGUUUGGGAGAUGUCAGAUAGGCUGGAGGCACUCUUUGUGUUCACAACCAUCUCAAAUAAACACUAUCUGACCCAGCAUCUACGCGAAAAAUGGUUUGAAGAGAAACCAUUUGAGGUAGAACGACUCAAUCUGGAAUUGAAUGUUCUUCCCCAUAAAAUGAGAGUGUUUUCCUUGGUUAAAUUCCUCUGGGAUACCGCUGGGGAUGCUUUACAUUUACUUCGAGGUUGCCAAUUUACCCUCCCGAAACUGGUUCGAAUUGAAAGUAUCAUAUUGGAUUUGAUGGAAAUCUUGAAAAUCGAGCCACAUGGUGGACAACUGAUAGGAACUCUCGUUAAAGAACUUAGAGCUGCCGGUGUUCCAAAUGCUUACGCUAACGUUGUGAAUUGUAGAGGGGUAAAAGAUUUGGUGGUACUGUUGGACUGCAUAAGGAUUCUUAAGGACAGAAUCCCUCUUUCUCAAGGUAUCUCCACUGCUGAAGAUAUCUAUCGAGCAGUCGGUUGCAAGAUUGGACUUACUCAAAUGGCAAGCAAGGAGGUUCAGUCGGCCAUAGAAGCGAUUAAAUCAGACAGUGGUUUCCCCGCAGUAUGCUACUCACUAGAACACCCUUCCGCCGUGAUGCAACAAGUCAAAUACCCCUCUGCCCCCACUAAAGUUCUCUUCCACGCCACUGCUACCGCUAACGUCUGGGGCGUUUUGUCCAGGGGACUUGUUUUGCCUUGGCAGGUUGAAAACGAACUUGGUAUCAUCAGAAGGGAUCAUGGUCGUCUGGGUCGAGGAAUCUACUUAUCAGAAAACCCAAUGGACAGCAUCAGAUACUUGCACCCUACUGAACCUUCUCCCCGAGGAACGAUGUUUCUAGUGGUGUGUGAGGUGGUAACAGGACACCAGUACGCUACCUCCAAGGAACUGCUCGGUUCCGCUGCUCCUCCCUCUGGAUACGACAGCGUCGUCUCGACGACCCGUUCUGAGGACGAUUUGUCCUGUUUCGACUACAAGGAGUUCUGUAUAUUCGACACUACCCGUCUCAAGAUAACCGGACUGAUCGAGUUCGCGGUGGUGCCUGAUCCGAACUUUCUGUAUCCUCCCGUGCAAUUACAUCUUCCUUGGAUUGAUGAGGAGCCGAAACCAGAAAAUGAGGAUAAAUAUGAUGAUGUAACAUCGCUAGAUAUUGAUGACAUCUUAGAAGGAACGGUGGUUAAAUCUGUGGAGAUCGGUCUGUUGGUUCAGGGCAGUCCAGUCCCCCUAACAACUGUCAAUGUCGUGGCAAGCAUUACUGAUAUGGUUGGACAAGUAACAGUUCUACAAUCCUACACUAGUUGUUGUGAUGAGGAACGGGAGGCUAAGUAUGUCUUCCCACUUGACGAGGGCUGUGCAGUGAGCGGAUUUGAGGCGUAUAUAGGAGAGAAACACAUAGUUGGUCAACUGAAGAAGAAAGAAGAAGCGAGGCGGGAGUAUAGGCAGGCAGUAGCAGCCGGUCAUGGUGCUUAUCUUAUGGAACAGGAAGAGCCGGACCUGUUCUCACUUUCACUGGGUAACAUUCCGGCUGGCGAGGUCACCAUCCACAUCAAGAUAAUCUAUGUCACCGAGUUAACUGUUCUGGACAACGAUAUACUCUUCACUGUGCCGAGUCUGUUGAGCAGUAGCAGCACAGGGUUGGAUAAAAUGACACAGCUGACAACUGAGACCGACCGCGUGACGUCAUCAGAGACCAUGUUCAACAUAUCAGCUAACAUCACCAUGCCCUUCAAGAUACUGAGUAUCUUCUCCUACACCCACUCUCUUAAUGUCAAGAUGACAGAUACCCUAGCGAUGGCUAGAUGGUCGGGUGUCCUAGAACCACACCAAGACUUUGAACUUCGUAUCUCGGUUUCCGAAGUUAACCGGCCCCGAAUGUGGGUAGAGAAAUCCGGUAACACUGAGGCUGCAAUGCUUACCUUCUAUCCUGAUAUCUCUGUUAACUCCGUUGGAGGCAGAGUUAACGUCAAGAUUAUCAUAGACUGCUCUAAGUCCAUGAAACUCAAAUGGAAAGAUACGAUCCAGCAAGCGCUGUUGUUGGUGGAACGUUUGCCAGGAGAGUGCUGGUUUAAUGUGUCCAGUGUUGGGGUAGGACCUGGUAUUGAGUGUUUUCCAGUUUAUUGUCGCGUGACCGCAACAAGCAAGAAACAUGCUGUUCACUUUUUAAAGCACAUCCUGAAGCCUGGAGAGUACUGCACCGAACUGUGGAGCAUGGUUUACAACGAGUAUCUGCUGAGUAAAGAUAGCCAGGAUAUAGUGAACAUGGUGUUUGUUAGUGACGGUGUGGUGACACAACCUGAUCUCUGUCUUAACCUGGCUGCUGUUCUCCCAUCCAACAUCCGGUUCUUUUCUGUGUUGACCAGAGAGGACGGAAACAAACAUUUCUUACAAGCAUUAGCAAAACAAGGCAGCGGCUCCUUCCUCUUCCUAAACUCCAAGGAAAAGGGGAAAUGGAUGAACACGGUGGGGAUUCUGUAUGAAAAGUGCAAAGAACCAGCGUUGGACGAAGUUCAGUUAAAGUGGAAUAUGUACAACAGCGGAGACACUGUUAAUCAGGCUCCCCUGCUCAUAUCAUCUCUCUUCAACAAACACAGACAGAUAGUGUACGGAUACGUGCCCAACUGCAGAUCAGCGUCUCUUCUCGCUCAUCUUGGAGAUCAGGUGUUGGACACGCUAGUCAGUGUGGAGGAACUUAAUGUUAAGCAAGGGAGUGUAUUACACAAGCUUACUGCUCGAGCAAUGAUAGAUGAUUAUGUAAAUGGGGUCAUGAGCGAGGACCAGAGACUACACGAGAGCCAGCAGCGCAAGAGAAAAGAUGAAAUAAUAUCUUUAUCCCUGGAACACUCUGUAAUAUCGCCCUUCACCAGCUUUGUAGCAGUUGAGGAGCGAGGUGAGGGUGAGGUGGUUCAGAAAACUGUAGAUGUUGAGACUCUCCUGUCAGAGAUCAGAGUGGACUGCAUUCCUUACGUUGGGUACUCGGACGUUUCAAAGUUAGAGGUAAGGGAACAGAUACGUUGCCCUGAUCAGUAUGAUGAAAUUAUAAGAUUGAUUGAAAAAAAAACCUCUACGUACAAUGUUCCUGACUCACCCGAUUCGGAUUCUGGUGAUUCGAAGACGGAAUCCUCGUCUGACGAAGACGAAACCGAUUACUCAACGGUGGUUCUUGAUCUAGGAUCUCACAGGAUAAAGGGAGGGUUUGCUGGAGAUGAUGCACCCCGAGCUGUGUUCAAAUCAGUCAUAGCAAUACCUGCAGCUCGUGGAGUUAUGUUGGGUAUGGGCGGCAAAGAUUACUUCGUCGGCGAUGAGGCCGUUUGCAAAGCUGGAGUAAUGGGAAGACUAGAUAAUGCAUUCGUAGACGAACCAUCCAAUGUUGACAUUUCGGCUCUAAGGACGGAAAGUCCAUUACCCUCCAGCACUGAUUCUGAAGGUGAAGAAGAGGGGUCCCGAGUUGGAGUCCCACUAGUUAUUGACAUGGGUAGUUACAUGGUCAAAGCUGGCUUUGUUGGAGAUGAUGAGCCUUUUGCUGAUUUUCCUCCCCUCGUAGGAAGACCAAGGCAUCGGGGGGUUAUGGUUGGUAUGGGACAGAAAGAUUCGUACAUUGGUAGUGAAGCGAUGUCAAAGCGGGGCAUACUAACGCUUACUAACCCUCUUGCUCCACCAAGAAGAACAGCUCAGUCUGUAGAUGGUAGUCGACCACAACAAGCGCCAACCUAUGCACAAGCGCCAGUGUAUACACAAUGUAGUUCAACUCCUCCUGCCCCACCGGGGGCCCCGUCACCACCUCGUAUUUUAGCACAGAGAGCACUGAGGCGGAGUCUUAGUGGCUGUUCUGCGCCAACUCCACCGGGUGCGCCACCUCCACCAUGUGCAGCACCUCCGCCAAGUGCGCCACCUCCGCCAGGUGCGCCACCUCCGCCAAGUGCGCCACCUCCACCAUGUGCGCCAUUACGAGCACCGUCACCACACGCACGGCCACAACAAAGAGCAGCUACAAUGUUAUUCGGUUCAGCUCGAGGGCCAACUUCAGCUCUUGCCCCAAAGAUGGAAAUGUCUAAUAGACCUGGAUCAAUGUUUGGAAGUUUAAGUUUUGGUGCUACCCAGUCACUUUCCCGACCACUAUAUACAAUAGGUGCACUACCAUCACCAGAUGCACGGCCAUCAUCAGACGGAAUGUGUUCUUCUUCACGACCAAUCACUGCCGCUGCACCGUUAGUCAAGAGUAAAGAAUCUUCCCUUUUCUCUCAGCCUAAGUUUAGAAAGUCCCCAGAUUCAUGGCCAACACCGUCUACAUCAAACAUCUGUGGGAGUUCUAAUUUUGGUGGCUCAGAAGCACCUCCACAAUUUGGAGGUGUGUAUGUCUCCCAGGCACCACCACAACCUGGAUCAAUGUCUGGAAGUUUAAGUUUUUGUGACGCACCAUUUUCAAGUGAGGAUGAAGAAGUGAAGUUAAUGCAGAAUUAUCCUCCAGGAAAGGGGUUAGGGAAGGGAGGUUCGGCACUAUCCCGACCACAUGUCUCACAGGCACCACCACCACCACCCCAGGCACCAUCACCACCUACAUCAUUCAUGUGUACUAUAGGGAGUGAUCCAGUUGAUGGUCCACAGAAAAGGUUUGCAAGGUUCAACACCAACAACAACACUUUAGCUAAAAAAUCCAGUCCAGCACUGGCACAGGAUCUACAAUCACGAAGACAGGUGAUCAAGAAUGAAAAAGUAUCUGAUGAUGUUACUUCCGAUACUGAUGAAUGGGAUAGCUCCAGCAGCAGUUAUUCUGGAGCUAAUAUCGGAUACAGUAAUGACAGAAAAUGUUUUACUGCGGAGACCCCAUUAACGUCUGCCCGGAGCAUAAAUUCGGGAGGGUUGGGCAGUGCCCCACGCUUCCAAUUUAUGGCAGGAUCUGCGCUCUCUCCUCCACCAAUGUCAGCACCCGUCGAAGAGUACUUGGCUCAGGACGAGAUCUUGUUCCUUCUUCAAGACAUCUAUGAAGCGCAGAAUAGUGGGAUUAGUGCACUCGAAGGACUUCUCAUCGCGCUUUCUGUUCAGGAUGUCUCUAUGACGCAGGAUGUCAUGUGUGACUACGAUCCCACAAUCGAAGAUCAAGAUGAGCCACUCGAGGAGAGAUCACUGAGAUGUGCUGGCGUUGCGAUGGUGCAAGAACAACUCAGUUUAAACGUAGAGAAAGUGUUGGAUAGAAAUGCUAAGUUGGAUCUCAACUUGAAAUCUGGUCUCAAAAUGUUGCAGAGAUCUGCCGUUUCGUUUGAAUCUAGCAGCCAAGAAAGAUUCCGAUGCAUCAGUUCGCCACUGAGUGCGAAAAGGUAUGAAGAGGAAAUAAAUGAAGCUGGAUUUUAUUCCGGUGCUAUGCACCUGAGGGAAUUUGACCUGAGCACGAUCUCACCUGAUCACGGAUUUGAUGGUUUCACCGCGCAGGAAAGAGAAAAGAGGAAACUUGAAGCUGAACUGAAAAGAUAUUUUGCUGAAACGGAAAAAAAGUCGCCGUGGUAUAGCAAUAUGAUGGCGUCACUGAAGUUCGAUGAAUUCUGUGAAUUACUUACAAAAUUUCCAGAGCGAGAAUCAGAGAUGAUGAAGCUCUCGAAACAAAAGCGUAAUGGCAUUUUUUCUGGUUGUGAGAAAUUGCUCUAUAUCUUUUCCCUAGAAAUGAAACGCAAUCUUGAUGAUGGAGAAAAUCUGGAAUCAUGGAAACAAAGCAUCUUUCAAUUCAUCUGCAGUAAUGAUGUCCAAAAUGCAGCAGACGAUAUUUUAGAAGGGGACUUGAUCUACGAAGCUGCGUUAAACAGCCUUCUAUCAAACGGGCUGAACAGUUUGGGACCGAGUGUAUCUAAAGAGGUUAUCAGUUAUGUUAAGUUAGUAUGUUGUAGCAUGAGGCUUUGUAUGGCUGGGAUAAGUAUGGAUGAAGAGGGAGAGGAGGAGGAUGAGGAGGCAACAAAAUUUAAGGAGAUUGCCGUCGAAAUGCUAAUACGUUGGAAAUGGAGUCCAUGGGGAUCUGAUGACUAUGACGAUUAUUCUACUCAGGAACUUGUAUCGGGAAUGUACUACAUAAUAUUCUGCGAGAAAUUCCUCAACUUUCCCAGGACCCUGACUGUUGCGUGGGAUUGGCAUUCUUUCUUCUCUCUUCUCGUUUACAUAGUUAUCAGGGAUAAUCAGGAGUUGAUGGAAAUGUUUUUAUCGACAGUGUCUGAUGGGUUUGAUCCUGAAAUGGGCAGCCGCCGUAGCAGUAUCCUGUACGAGGGAAAGAAAAUCGCCAAAGACGCUGAGAGGAAAAAGAGUCGACUAUUUGGGUUUCAAUGAUUUGUGUCAUGAGAGGGAACAAUACAUCCGUUUUAGAUGACGAAUGUUAAUGAUGACUAAACUGUUGUAUUAUGCGUAUGCGUACCGUCUUAUUUUGUAUGUUGUCACUAUAUUUACUAUGGUGGAAUUUUUUUGAUUUAUAUUUUUAUUCGUGCCGUAUUACAUUACUUUUAAACAAUUGAAGACUUCAAGUUUUGUAACACCUCAGUGGCUUCGAUUCAUCGACCGCAAACGCCGCAAUCUACAAUACCAAGUAGCUAGAGCGUUUAUCAUGACGAAUCGUUGUCAUUUCUUAUAUAACCUUCAUGAUUUGUGAUUGUUUUUAUUUUUAAUUUAUAUUGAAUUAUUCAGUUAUACUUUCAUUUCUAAUAAUGUGGAAUCUUAUUGAUAAAGAAGAUGGUUAGUUUUAAAUGUUGAGACAUUUUUGAUGCUUUUAAAAUAUGAUACAUGACAAAGAAAUUCGUUUUUAGUUUACAAUUUUUGUUUAAAUAACGGUAGAUGAGUAUUACAGAUUUUGAGGUUUAUAUUUGAAUUUUAUAGAGUUAAUGUGCUUACAUUCUACAGACAUGCAGACGUGAUCGGUUGUGGCUUAUUAAAUAAUGAGCCCGUCUAUUACUAUUUCAAACUGCAGCGUACAGUGUAACUGUACAGCUUAUGAUUUGCUUAUCUGUUUAGUGUUUAUAGAAAUAAUAUUUUCCGUGUAAAUGGAGUCUCAUGUUCAAUGUUAAUAUUUUAGCGGAACUUGGGAAAUUGGCAGUGAUUUAGAUUCCAUGUACAGUGUACACCCAUGCCCCAUACUUAUUGAUACUUAUUGGUUAAUUUGGUACCUCAAUCCGAUAACUCUGAGAUAUCAUGAUACCAAAUAUGUCUGUUCAUAGAAACUUUUGUCUCUUCUGCCCACUCAUUUUGAAGGGCUCUUUAAAGUAUAUUAUGAAAUUUGAUACUUUUCACAGUACGGUGCUAUCUCGAAAGGUAUUCGAGCUUUACCGUAGAUUGUGAAUUCUUUGGAGUGCCAAUCAUUUAUCAAAAUUAUCUGAGCUAAAAUUCACACGGUCUAUUUCGAAGAUUUCCCGAGUUUCAAAGAACUUAAACUAUCAAAAAAUAUUGUAGAGUUGCAUAUCGUUAAAUUUUUUCUGUGAAUUGAUUGUUUUUGA